GCUGCUCCCCUCUGCGGCGAGCGCGGGUCGCAGAGCAUGCCGGGAGCCGCCAUUUUGUCGGUGCUUGUUGCUGCUGAGCUGUUCGCGGAGCCGGUGCUGGCAGGGCAGGGCAGGGGAGGGGACGCGGCGCGGUAGAAAUUUGUCCUACUUUUAUCCACUCAGAGCACUGCCAUGAAUCCAUUCUUCACUUAUAUUGCUUUACCCCAUACCCAUGUGGUUUAUUCUUGAAGAAGAAGAUGCCAUGAAAAUUAGUCUCAAAGUGGGAAUCUGAAAGGAGAGUCCUGCUUAUGAAGAGAUGACGUGUAACGGCCCAGAAAACUCGGAAGCUUGUGCCACUUCAGACACUGGUUGUGACCAGGAAUGGGCACAGGAACACUACCGACUAGGAACUUUUGUUAGAUUUCCAUUUGAUUGUCCAGUUUCAGCAUCAGUGCUAGCACGAGCUGGCUUUAUUUACACUGGAGAAGGUGAUAAAGUGAAGUGCUUCAGUUGUCAUACAACUAUUGAAGGAUGGGAGCAUGGAGAUUCUGCAUUUGAAAGACACAAAAACCUUUCCCCAAAUUGCAAAUUUAUUACUGAAUCUACUUUUUUGGAAAAUAAUAUUCAUCCUAUUGUCCAGAACCUCCAGGAUAGAACUGAAAAUUGUUCCAGCAAUUCAACCAUCUCCUGUACUUUAGAUGACUCAUCUGAUGUUGAAGCUGAUUACCUUUUGAGAACUAGGCAGGUUGUGGAUAUGUCAGAUACUUUGUAUCCUAAAAACCCUGCAAUGUGCAGUGAAGAAGCUAGGUUAAAGUCUUUUCAUAACUGGCCCCUCUAUGGCCUGUUGACACCAAAGGAAUUAGCUAAUGCUGGACUUUAUUAUACAGGUGUUAGUGAUCAAGUGGAAUGUUUUUGUUGUGGUGGAAAACUGAAAAACUGGGAACCUAGUGAUAGAGCCUGGUCAGAACACAAGAGGCAUUUUCCCAAAUGUUUUUUUGUCCUGGGCCGGGAUGUUGGAAAUGUUCCAAAUGAAGCUGUUUGUGCUGAGCUUGAGAGAGGUGGUCUAAACAAUGUGCAGUAUCCAAGGAAUCCAUCUAUGGCAGAAUAUGAAAGACGGAUACAAACCUUUUUAACUUGGAGAUACCCUGUUAACAAGGAGCUACUUGCCAAAGCUGGGUUCUAUAGCAUAGGUAAUGGUGAUCAUGUUGUGUGCUUCCACUGUGGUGGAGGACUGCAAGAGUGGAAGGAAAAUGAAGACCCCUGGGAUCAACAUGCCAAAUGGUUUCCUGGGUGCAGGUUCCUGAGAGAAGAAAAGGGACAAGAAUUUAUAAAUAAUGUUCACUUAAGAGAUGGAUGCAGCAAUUCCAUGAUAGAAGCUGCUGAAUUGACAAUACUUCCUAAAGAUGAUCUCUUACAAAAUCGUUUGGUACAAAAUGCCGUACACAUGGGUUUCAGCUUGUCUGAGAUUAGGAACAUUAUGGAAAAGAAAGUGCAGGUGUCUGGAGAAAAUUAUACGUCUGUUGAGGAUCUAGUAGCAGACUUGAUAAGUGCUCAGAAAGAAAAUAAAACAGAAGAAGAAUCAAAUGAAAGCCCACUAGAGAAAGAUCUUAGUACCGAGGAGAAGCUGAGACGUUUACAGGAAGAAAAGCUCUGUAAAAUCUGCAUGGCUAAAGACAUAUCGGUAGUCCUUAUUCCCUGUGGUCACCUAGUUGCUUGUAAGGAAUGUGCUGAAGCAGUUGAUAAAUGCCCUCUGUGUUGUACAAUUAUUAUAAAAAGACAGAAAAUUUUUAUGUAUUAGUCAAAUAUACACUACUGAAAAUGCAAAUGUCUCCUGCUCUAUUGCUUUAAAUAUGUGUGAUGCAAUAGCAGACGGUUGGGUGUUCAGCAGUCUAGCGCACACAUUUAUGGGGCUUCUCACUUUAGGGAUAAUGUAAACAAUAAAGCUUUAAUCAGCAUCCUGAAAUCUAUGAGUUGACAGUCAGAAGCUGUUAGAUUUUUGUUUACAGUACCCAUAUUCAGUUGCCUCCUUAUUGCUGCUUAGUUUGUUGUGUUUUUACUUCAACUGAAGUUAUAACCUAAAAUAACUGUUACUGUAUUCUCAGAUCUUCUGUCUGUAUGAGUGUUCACAGUUGUGUUAAUGUACUACAAAUGGAGGAAUUAAAAAAUAUUCUUUCAUAAAAUGGCAUGGGAAAACUGAAUGUUCUGAUUAAGUAGUAGCUAUGCUGCACUGCUUGUUUCACUAACAAGUUUCAGAAAGUGUACUGAGUGAAAAGUAGAUUUUUACUUCUGCUAUCUAUUUAUAGGCUAUGUUUCUGUUAAUAGUCGUUUGCUCAGCUCUCAUUUACCAAAAAUAGAAUAGGUUAACUUUUUUGUGGAGACAAGGAUAAAAACAUUUUAAUGAGAGGAAAUAAAUUGCUUUAAAAUAGAAUUUUAACCUCAGAAAAUAAAUUGAGACAGUAAAUAUUCAGAACAACAACAAAAAUACUUUCUGAUUCAUUAAGAUGCUAGUUAAAAUAUCCUAUUUGAGGGAAAUAUGUCUUAUCCCCUACUAGUGCAGUGUUACUGGUUGGGAUUCUUCUAUUAAUUUUAUUCUUGUCUCUUACACGUUGUAACAGUUAUAUUUCUAGAGCAUCAGUAAGAACUUUUGCUAUACUGACUUCUGUUGUUUUUCCAGAUAAGAUUGCCCAAGUGUGGUAUUUCCUAGAUUCUUAAUUAGAUGCCUGUACUACUACUGAAAAAUGUCUAUUUUCAUGUCAUUUGUAUUUACGCUUGUAAACUUCUAUAACCAGUCUCCAAAUAAUCAUUAACAACCAGGGUACACAAACAUAAGCAACACACAGAAAGAAAUAACUCUAGUCCUGAUUUUCUUUUCUUUUCUUUCUGGAUUGACAAGUUAGCAACACCUUCAUAAUUAAUAGACCCCUUUUAAACUACUCUAAACCUUUAAAAAAAAUCAUAAUUGCCUCUGUAUAGCUGUGACUAACAAAAGAAAGAAAUUUUAAUUGAUGGAUGUCAUCAUGUUAAUCAGAACACUCAUUCCUAAGUUCAUUUUAUGUGCUGCCUGUAAACGUUGAAAAUGCAGUUAAUUCCAGGAGGUAACCAUUACUUAGAUUUUUCUGCUGUCAAGCUCUACAUACAUUUUAACAUUUUUAAAGUUAUUUUCUUAAUUGAGUUUUUGUAUGUAAAAAAUGAUAAUAGAGGGCAAAUAUCUUCUGUAAGUUCAUUUCAUGGGCCUGACUGGGCAAAGUCCAAGUAAUGUAAAGCUUUAUUUAUGUGAUUGUUCCUCUACUUGUGUACAGAAUCAGUCACUACGUAAAACUUGCAUAUGCUUCUUGUAGAAAUUCACCUACUUAUUUACAUGUAUAUAGUAUCUGAGUCGUUAGCUUCACAAAAAUAUUAUGUGUGAUUGAAAAUGCUACCUUAUUUCUUUACCUUUGGUUGUGACAUAAUUCAGAGAAUAUGUGUAAACCAGCUGCUGAAAAUUUCACCUUAUAUUUGUUACUGUUACUUUGCAAGUUUUUGUUUUGAUAUAUAAUUCCUGUCUUCCUGUUUAACCUGUAGAAGUUGGCUUUACUUAACUAUUUUUAACCUUCAGUUUUUCACAGCGAUACAUGUGCAUAUGGAAUGAAUGUUAAUUUAACUCCUUAAAGGAGAACUCAGCAGAAGUGAAGGAGACUUUAUGUACCUUUUGCCCUUGAUCAUGAAAGGAGCUGUCUCAUUUUUAAAUUCUCCAUGAGCACCAAAUGGUCUUUAUUGUCUGGGUUUUUUCCCCUCAUAUUUGUAACAUUUAGCAUUUUCCCAAUUCAUUUUUCUGCUAGUAGCUUGUGGUGCUUCUGUGUUUUUUUUUUUUUCCCUUAUAAGAGAAGAUUAAACUCUCUUAUCUCCAUUAAGAUUGAUUCUUUUAUCUUUAGUGCACAGCUCAUUUUAUAAAACCUUCAUUUUGUUCUUGUCUAUCCUGUCAGUUGGCAUUAUUUAAAUUAAAAAGUUAAGAACUAUUCUAGCUGUUGUCACCUUAAAAGUCUUUUAAUUAAAUAUUUUGUACUAGAUUAAUCCUGCAUCCUCCAAUGUAAAAGUUAUCAUAUCUUUGUAUUUAAAUACAGCUGGUUUAUGAUCACUCUGCUCAAUUACGUGACUUCUUUAUUUGGUGGAGCUACUACUAAUACAUGUUCUGUGUAUAUAAAAAUUUUAUCUUGGAUACACACUGAAUAUAUUUAAUGAUACUUUAUACAGAAUAUAGUUUUUCACAUGAUAAAACCUUGAAAUGCAAUGCACAGAAAUUUAAUGUCUAUUUUUUUAAUAUUUGCUGUGGUUUUAUGAGCAUUCACAGAACUGACAUGUUGCUCUUGUGCAAAGUUGCGAAUAUUUAUAAUAAAGCGUAAUCCAUUUGUUCCUUGAGUAACACAUUUGAUUCUCACAUGCAAAAAAAAAAAAAAAAUGUUGCUUUCUGUUGCUUUUUGGUUUUGUAAUUCAACUGUCACUAAUUUUAAAUGAAUGUUAGUAAGGACAAUAAAUAUAUUUUAAAUUGAGAAGAAAUAAAAUCUGUGGUCUGUAUGAAUUAAAA